CACAGCACUGACAGACAGAAGUGCUGUUAAAGCUGCCUGGACCAUCCACCUCUCUGCAUCUGGGGAGGAAAACAAAUCCACCAGUUUCCUAUCGUUUAAAGGAAUAAGCCUGUCACAAUGCACUGCCUGAAGCACCUGAGGACAGCUAACCCCGGGACUCUGCAGCUGAUUAAAAAUGCAGUCAUCUCCUCCAGAGCUGGAGCUGACAUGCCCAGGAGUCAGCAGCCUGCUCCUUCAUCCACCCGGGCAGCAUCACCCCACACCCUAAGAGCCUUUCAUCUCCAAAACACAUCGGAUGAGGAUCAAGAACAUUCCAAAAGCCGGCUGAUGUCCAGUAUAGAGGACUUACUUUUUUACACCAUCACUGACGGCAAAGAGAUGAUCCCCCUGUCUCAGUUCACCUCUGCUUUGAGGAGAACAGGUUUGUUAACGUCUGACCCUCGGCUGCAUGACUGCAUCCGUCAGAUGCGACAGUCCACACGUGACUCCAUUGGGCCGGUCAUGAUGGACAAGAAGCUCUUCAGACGAUGUGGGGGCAACAACAUCAUGCUGCUGACGAAGGCUUUCAGAAAAAAGUUCAUCAUCCCUGACUUUGAAAAGUUUACCGAGCGGAUCAAUAAGAUGUACGAGAGCGCACACAAACAAGAGGGAGGAUGUGUAGCUAAUUACAUUCCUCAGCUGGCAAAGUUCAGCCCCGAGCUCUGGGGUGUAUCCCUGUGCACAAUUGAUGGGCAGAGAUACUCAGUGGGUGACACCAAGGUCCCUUUCUGCCUGCAGUCGUGUGUGAAGCCUCUGGAAUACGCCAUUGCCGUGCACGAGCUUGGCAGUGAACACGUUCACCGCUUUGUGGGCAAGGAGCCCAGUGGCUUCAAGUUCAACAAACUGUCGCUAAAUGAAGAAGAUAAACCACACAACCCUAUGGUGAACGCUGGAGCUAUCGUCAUCAGUUCUUUGAUUAAGCCUCAUGCAAAUAAGGCAGAAAGAUUUGACUUUAUAAUGGAGUUCUUGAAAAAGACAGCUGGUGCGGAGUACGUGGGCUUCAGCAAUGCAACUUUCCAGUCAGAGAGAGAGACCGGUGAUAGAAACUAUGCAAUUGGUUAUUACCUGAAAGAGAAAAAGUGCUUUCCUGACAGUGCAGAUAUGACUGCAGCCCUCGACUUUUACUUUCAGCUGUGCUCCAUUGAGAUGAACUGUGAGUCAGGAAGUGUCAUGGCUGCCACGCUGGCCAACGGAGGCAUUUGUCCAAUCACAGGUGACCGUGUGUUAAGUGCCGAAGCCGUUCGCAACACGCUGAGCCUCAUGCAUUCCUGCGGGAUGUACGACUUUUCAGGGCAGUUUGCCUUCCACGUGGGCCUUCCAGCAAAAUCUGGAGUUUCGGGCGCUGUACUGCUGGUGGUUCCAAAUGUCAUGGGCGUUAUGUGUUGGUCUCCUCCGUUAGAUCGGCUUGGAAACAGUGUCCGUGGCAUCCACUUCUGUCAGGAGCUUGUGUCUUACUUCAACUUCCACAACUAUGACAAUCUGAGGCACUUCACCAAAAAACACGACCCCAGGAGACGGUCAGACGAUGAUCCGAACAAGUCAGUGGUAAACCUGAUGUUUGCAGCGUACAGUGGAGACGUCUCUGCCCUGAGGAGGUUUGCUCUUUCAGCUGUGGACAUGGACCAGAGGGACUACGACUCACGCACUGCGCUUCACGUCGCCGCUGCAGAAGGCCAUGAGGAAGCUUUAAUGUUCCUGACAGAAAUUUGUAAAGUGAAUCCUCACAUUAAAGACAGGUGGGGCAACACACCUCUGGAUGACGCCAUGCAGUUUGGCCACGAUGCCGUCGUUUCAAUCCUGCAGAAAUACCUCAGUGUGUAUAACGACAGGCACUCGGGCAGCAGCACAGAGGAGCAGAAGACCGCACUGGACACAAUGGAGGGCACUCUUUGAACCUCACGGGAUCAUCUGGGUUGGCUACGCAAAGCUUGAAUUAUAUAUAUAUUUUAAGUUUAACUCAGGAAUAAAUACAUUUAUUUGAACAUCUCAGUAAAACUCAUGCAGCCUUAAUGUCCAAUAUCCAGACCUCUCAGCAGCCAUUUGGUUUGUUUCAUGCAGGGGACAUUUUGAAUGAGCAGUUUAAAUGUUUUGGUCCAACGCUGACUCCUGUUAGUUUCAUAACAAUCCUUUCAGUCCUGUACUCCUGAAAAGACUGAAAUCAUACAAGAGAAUUGAGGAAACUUAUGAAAGAAAUCAUUUUUUUAAGGAAAAUUGUGAAAAUUGUGAUUUUUUUUUUUGUGCUUAAGAGCAUAAAUGCAGGUGUCUUAGACCCUGAAACAAACAACCCAGCUUUUAGCUCGACCUACUUUCUAGAUUAUGUUCCAACUUUUUUACUUGUCAUUGAAUGCAACAUUACAGAAAAGUACAUUUUAACAAGAUAAAUGAUUAUUA